AUGCGGUGGCUAUCGAGGCUGCUCUCUCACGCCGCCGCGGCCGGGAGGGCCUCCGCGGCGGCGAGGUCCACCCCUAGUCUCGUCAAGGGAGGAUCCCACGGGUUCGCCAGCGGCGGCCGGGAUGGGUCACCGGCGGUGCCCCGGGAGUGGCUGCGGAAGCUGUGGGUAGACGAGCUGAGGAAGCAGAAGGAGGCCGCGAAGAGGUGGGGCGUCGGCGCGUCACCCGGGAACGCCGGCGGCGGUGCGGAGCCUUCGCUCGGCGCGUACGCGAGUUCUGUGGAGGCUGCGGGAGCGGCCAGGGAGGCACCGUCAAGGAACUAUCAGCCAAACUGGCUUCAGAGAUUGCACGAAGAUAAUAUAGCCAAACUGGCUCCGCUUCUUGCAAGAGCUAACCUCAUCAUUGCCAGGGAUAUUGAGUGGGCGAACAUCAUGUUUGCUUUUGAGCAGGAGAGCAGGUAUAUCAUAAUGGACCCACUCUUUCCACAAUCUCCAGUAGGUUUUAUUCGAGAGAAAAGCAACGUCAUCUUUAGGCAGCUACUUAGAACAAGGCGGCCAUUUGUUGCAGAAAUAACUGAUGCUAUGGGUAACGAGAUAUUUAAGGUUCGCAGGCCAUUUUGGUGGAUCAACAGCUCAAUUUAUGCAGAAGUGGAUGGUAAGGAGGUAGGUGUAGUACACAGGCGUUGGCACCUUUGGCGGAGAAUUUAUGACCUGUACUUAGGGAAUAGGCAAUUUGCAGUUGUUGAGAAUCCGGGAUUCUGGAACUGGACCUUUAGCCUGGUAGAUGAAGAUGAUAAACUGUUGGCUCAGAUUGAUCGUAACUGGAGGGGCAUCGGCUUUGAGCUCUUCACGGAUGCUGGCCAGUAUGCUAUCCGGUUUGGUGAUGAGGGGCAAAUCCACAAGUUUGCUCUUGCUUCAGAUGUUGAAGAAUUACAUGUUGUUCGCCAGCUGACUUUGCCUGAAAGGGCAGUGGCUCUUGCUCUCGCGAUUUCCUUGGACAGUGAUUACUUCUCUAGAAGAGGUGGCUGGGGACUUCCGUUUCUGAUUGCCACAGAGUAG